UGUAGAGGAGUUGAGGAGGGGAGAUAUGAGGUCCUCCGCUUCCUUUGUCACCGUGGGACAGGUGGACUCAGUGAAGCCAGCGGACUAGGAUAUGAGGGUUGUCUUCUCAGCUGUUGUUCUAGUCCUGUGGCCUCCGCUUAAGCUGCUCCUCUCCCCACCUGCUCCUUACCUGACAUUAUGAUUCCAGGCUUUUCCUGUAAGUGUGUGUGACAGAGAGAGAGAGAGAGGAGUUUCACACUUGCUAGGGAAGCACUCUACAACUUUGUUCUUUUAUGCUAAGUUACUCAGUGCCUGGCUGGCUGGCUUAUGAACAAGAGCUAGUGAUCCAUUCAAGAGAGUUGGUCCAAGAUAGGAAGAAUAGGUAGAGACUUAACAGUCUCUCUCUCUCACACAGGCACUUUGAGAUACACACAUACACUUUCACACAUGCACAUACAUACUCCCACAGACACACUCUCUCUCUUUCAUACACACUACACACCACACACACACACACACACACACACACACACCAGGACCUAUGCGGCUCUUAUUCCAAAACCAUAAAAAAAAUUCAACCUCAUUUAAACAUUCAAUUAUUUGUUAUUUUGUGUGUGGGUGCUUUGCCUAUAUGUAAUGUGUGUCUCGUUCAUGUCUCCAGAGGCCAGAAGAGAGCAUUAGAGCCCCUACAACUGAAGGUACAGCUGGUUGUGAGCCGCCAAGUGGGUGCUGAGAAUUGAACAUGGGUUCUCUGCAAGGGUAGCCAAUGCUCUUGAUGGCUGAGCACCUCUCUAGCUCAACUCCACACUUCUGUGCUAUUUGAUUUGCCACAGCUGUGCAUGAGUUAACCCCAGGUUAACUUGGAGGCUACCCUUGUGGGGAAAAAAAAAAAAACAACCAUUGGGCGUGGCCUCAGGGGCCCUGCUGAAGGUGCAGUUCAGUAAUGGUGCCUGUUGAGUGAGUCCUCAGAGGAACGCAACUGGAGGUGAAGGACGUCUGAGCACAACUAAAAUCUUCAUCACCUAGAAAGUUAAAGGCAAGAGACUUGAACUAACUCUCUGGAUAUCAGGUCCAGAGAGGCCAAAGAAAUGGCCCACUAGUACCCAGAUGUAGAGGGGGCCAGAAGACUAAAGUAUAGCAAAAAUAAAGAUUGAGUAUUUAGCUAGGUAUAGCUGCUCAUGUCUGUAAUCCAAACACUCAGGAGGAGGCUGAGGCAGGAGAACCCAGUGAAUUCAAGGACAGCUACUAUGUAGCUAUAGUGAGUUCUGUGUUGCCCCCCCCAAAUAAAGUAGUGCCAAGCUCAGUGGUAGGGUACCACCUAGUGUGCGCAGUACUCAAUACUCUGGGUGUAUCCCUUAGCAACCCCCCAAAAAAGAUGAACUAAUUUUGGUAUGGGACUCGGAGGCACAUGUGACAUCUUUGGCAAGCCCCAGUGAUCAGCACAAUGUUUGAAGCCCCUCGGUAGCUCAGAGGAAGGAGACACACAAGAAACACCAAAUCUUGUUUGGCCAGCGGCAAGAGAGGCCUCUACAUUUGUAGCAGAUCUGUUCCCACAUAAGGCUGUCAUAAGCAGCGACAGCCCACAUGGCACGGAAGAUGCUGUGGCCUGAAGCAGGGGCUCCAUAAUGGGUGGGCUUAAGGCCUGGGACAUGUCACAUUUCAGAGCAUUCCGGCCCACUUCCACGCCUCACGUGUGCCACUGUGUAAGUCGGGGACCAGUGAGGUUGGGAGCAAGGUUUCUCUGAGAGCCUCCCUUUGCACAGACAGGAGUAGGACCCCGAAGCUGCUGUUAUUUCCAUCCACUGGGGGCUGGUCAGGCAUUCUUUGGAAUGGCUCCCACCAAAGUGGCCGUGCCUGGGAAUUACGUUUUCUGUCUUUUCCUUCUCUUGUUUUGUUUUGGGAGUAAAUAGCUCUUUCCUAAGCCACAGUGACAACACAGUGUUGGAGUAUCAUCGGGGCUGAGUGGCACUGUGAGCCAAGGACACCCCCCUCCCCAGCGUCUCAGCUGGGUACAGGAGUGUUUAGAACCUGGCUGCUCAAGAAUGACGGGAAGACGGCUGGUAUUGCGGAUCAAUGCCAUUUAUGAGGCCCGGAGAGGAAAGAAACGGGUGAAGAGGCUAUCCCAGUCCACGGAGAGCAACUCAGGAAAAGUGACAGAUGAGAACAGUGAGUCUGACAGCGACACCGAGGAGAAGCUGAAAGCUCACAGCCGGCGCCUGGUCAAUGUGAAGUCGCGCCUGAAGCAGGCUCCUCGGUACUCAUCACUUGACCGGGAUCUCAUUGAGUACCAGGAGAGGCAGCUCUUCGAGUACUUCGUGGUGGUGUCUCUGCACAGGAAGCAGGCAGGGGCUGCCUAUGUGCCAGAGCUCACCCAGCAGUUUCCUCUGAAGUUAGAAAAGUCGUUCAAGUUCAUGAGAGAGGCUGAGGACCAACUGAAGGCUAUUCCCCAGUUCUGCUUCCCUGAUGCCAAGGACUGGGCUCCUGUCCAGGAGUUUACCAGUGAAACAUUCUCGUUUGUCUUAACUGGAGAAGAUGGGAGCAGGCGGUUUGGUUACUGCCGGAGACUUCUGCCUGGAGGCAAAGGGAAGCGGCUCCCUGAAGUUUAUUGCAUCGUGAGCCGCCUGGGAUGCUUCAGCCUCUUUUCAAAGAUCUUGGACGAGGUGGAAAAGAGAAGAGAAAUCUCCCCUGCUCUGGUGCAGCCCCUCAUGAGGAGUGUCAUGGAAGCCCCUUUCCCAGCCCUGGGCAAAACUAUCACUGUCAAGACCUUCCUGCCAGGCUCGGGGACUGAGGUGAUUGAACUGUGCCGCCCGAUGGACUCCCGGCUGGAGCACGUGGACUUUGAGUCUCUGUUCUCCUCCCUCAGCGUCCGGCACUUGGUUAGUGUUUUUGCCUCGCUGCUUCUGGAAAGGAGGGUCAUCUUCAUCGCAGACAAACUCAGCACACUGUCCACGUGCUGCCACGCCAUGGUAGCGCUCAUCUACCCCUUCAGCUGGCAGCACACCUACAUCCCAGUGCUGCCGCCUGCCAUGGUUGACAUUGUGUGCUCGCCCACGCCCUUCCUCAUCGGGCUGCUCUCCAGCUCGCUGCCGCUGCUCAGGGAGCUGCCACUGGAAGAGGUUCUUGUAGUUGACCUCAUCAAUGAUCGGUUCCUCAGACAGAUGGAGGAUGAGGAUUCCAUUCUGCCGAGGAAGCUUCAGGUGGCCCUGGAACACAUCCUGGAGCAGAGGAAUGACCUAGCCUAUGACCAGGAUGGAGGCCCCCUCGACUGUGUGCAUGGCCCUGAGUCCAGCCCCUUGAAUGAGGUGGUGUCCGAAGCCUUCGUCCGCUUCUUCGUGGAAAUUGUGGGCCACUACUCUUUGUUCCUGACCUCCGGCGAGGAGAGGAGCCUACAGCGAGAAGCCUUCAGAAAAGCUGUCUCCUCUAAAAGCCUGCGACGCUUCCUGGAGGUCUUCAUGGAGACCCAGACUUUCCGUGGCUUCAUCCAGGAGCGGGAACUGCGCAGGCAGGAUGUCAAAGGCCUGUUUGAAGUCCGAGCCCAGGAGUACCUGGAAACCUUGCCCAGCGGGGAGCACAGUGGCGUCAAUAAGUUCCUCAAGGGACUGGGCAAUAAGAUGAAAUUUCUCCACAAGAAAUAACCCUCCUCUUGGCUCCAGGGAAACGUUCUGCUAGAGUUCUGAGAGGCUGAGGGCUGACCCCAGGGCCCAGCUCCUUCCACAGUGGAGCCUGUGAGCUGGGGAGGUGCAGAUGCUCAGGACAGCCCUGGAAGGGACCCGCCAACAUGCAAACUGUGUUACUGUGGUUGGUUCUGGGACCUUUAGGUCCUAGAUAUUAAAAGAAAAGAAGAAAAGUGUUCGAGUCUUCAUUCGUCUCUCCUGCCCCAUCCCAUCUUUUCUGGGUCAGCUGCUGACCCCUGUGGGCCAGAUGGGAAGAGAUAGGAGAGUUGCGAUCUCAAAGACAGGCGGCUGCCCACGCCACUGGCUCUUCCAGACUGGUCUAUGACGCCACCUGGUGGCAGAGACUAUGGACUUCACUUCUCUUGACUUUUUUUUUUUUUUUUUUUUUUUCUCUUGGAAGCCAUAGAGAACUACUCAUGCCUGAACAGCCUGUGGCUUUUAGAGGGACACAUAAAAAGAGGAAAUCUUGUUAACUGGUAAUAAAAUGUUCUAGGGUCCUGAAGUUUCUAUUUUCUGUGGCCCAACCAUGACACUGAGGCCACUGCUAUGAGCCCAUUGCUCUUAAUGAGACCGAGGCCAGUGGGAGUCUGCAGGCGUCCUGUGAGCUGCACAGGAGGUGACCAGGCUGGCCUCGGGGCUACCACCCCUGUACUGCUGGGCCCCCAGCGAAUGUCACCGCUGGCUGUCCCUGGAUCUCCUCUCCCCUGGAGUGGGCGGGAUUAACAGGUGUGUGUGUGUGUCUGGGGCGUUGGAAGAACCUGAGUAAGAAUGUGAAUGAGCAUGGGGCUCAGGAAUCCAUAGCACACGGGCUCCUCAGUUUAGUUGACUUUACUGAUAGCAAUAUUCUGUGUAUUUUUAUAUUGCCCCUAAGUGAUCACUUGUAGUAUUUUGGAAUAUACAUUCUUUUCUAACUUAUUUUCUAUUAUACUGUUUUACUUUAAGAACUCCAAGCAAAUAAAUAAAUAUAUAUAUCUUUAUCAACAUUCUAGUGCUUAGAUGAUACCCUAUUUUAUGGAUGUUUUUGUAUUUGACUUUAUCAAAAAAUAAAAUAAAAUUGUGAAACUGUUCUAGGCUAUGUGUAUAAA